AAAUUUUUCAAAUAUUUUUGUAAAAUGGACUAUGAAAAAAGCAACAAAUCCAAAUCAAACAGCUGUAAAAAUCGAGGACCGGGGCCCAAGUACAUGCUCAAAACACUAACGGGAUUCGAUGACCAUGAUCCAUCAAAACGAAGAUAUCCAGCUUAUUCCCUUAAAUUUCGAGGCAAAAAAAAAAUUGCCCUCACAGGACCAGGACCUUAUCCGGUAACCGGCAAAAUGACGCAUCAUGGCUUAGAAUCAUCACCUGCAUAUACCAUAGCAUCUAAAUACUAUAAGAGAUUUCACGAUAAAGUGCCAGGUCCUGGUGCUUACGCUCCCGAAAAAGGUCCUCUUGUCAAUCAUCAGCGCAGAGCAGCUGCUUACACGAUUCGCUUUAGACAUCAUAAAAUUCCCUACAAAGAUGGACCAGGACCGAUUUAUAUGCUGCCAACUUGCAUCGGACCCGAAAUCCCAGACAUUCGCGCUGAAGGAGCAUACUCAAUGGCCUUCAAACAUAAACAAAGACAAGAAAAUCUUGGUCCUGGUCCAGCAGCGUACAGCAUCAAACUAGCCACUUAUAAGCGGCAAAAUCCGGCAUACUCAAUGAAAUUUCGACAUAAUUUGUUUGACCUCGCUAAAAAAUCUCCAGGACCUCAGUACAGUUACAAUUUGAAUUUAAUAAAAAAGCGACAACCCAUAUACUCUUUCGGAGUCAAGUAUAGUGAAUGCACGACUGUAGGGCUUCUAGAGAAUGAUGAUUGA